UCACCCGACCAAUCACGGCCCUCGGAGGCGGGUCCACGCACCCCAUGACGUCAUUGCAAUCAGCGGUCUCUGGUUCGUUCCAGCAGUAUCGAAAGAAGCGAGCUACAAUGGUCCUCAUCAAGGAGUACCGUGUGGUUUUACCCUGUAGCGUUGAGGAGUAUCAAGUGGGACAGCUGUUCUCGGUGGCUGAAGCCAGUAAAAAUGAGACGGGCGGCGGCGAAGGCAUUGAGGUUCUCAGAAAUGAGCCCUAUGAGAAAGAUGGCGAGAAAGGACAGUACACACACAAAAUCUACCACCUAAAGAGCAAAGUCCCAGCAUUUGUCAAGAUGGUUGCCCCUGAAGGCUCCUUGGUUUUCCAUGAAAGAGCCUGGAAUGCUUACCCUUUCUGCAGAACCAUUGUGACGAACGAGUUCAUGAAAGACGAUUUCUUCAUUAAGAUUGAGACGUGGCACAAACCCGACCUUGGAACACAAGAAAACGUUCAAGGAAUGGACAGUUCCACAUGGCAGAGUGUCACUGUUGUGCCCAUUGACAUCGCUGACAGAAGUCAAGUGUCCAGCGCUGACUACAAACUAGAUGAGGACCCAGCUACGUUCAAGUCGGUGAAGACUGGCAGAGGACCUCUUUGGCCAUCCUGGAAGACAGAUCUGGCUAGUAGGACUGACUGCCCUAGGAUGUGCGCCUAUAAGCUGGUCACAGUCAAGUUUAAGUGGUGGGGCCUGCAGACCAAAGUGGAGAACUUCAUCCAUGAGCAAGAGAAAAGGAUCUUCAACAACUUCCACCGCCAGCUCUUCUGCUGGAUUGAUCGGUGGGUGGACCUGACGAUGGAUGAUAUCCGGCGGAUGGAGGCAGAGACGCAGAAGGAGCUGGACGAGAUGCGUAAGAACGGCUCAGUGCGAGGUACAAAGGCUGCAGACCAGUAGCCAUGCCAGGUGUAGUUCUGAGUAUUGCUCUCUUCGCAAAAAGGGUGAAAUACGAGGAACCAGCGCUGCAGACGACUGAAAAGGCCGAUUUUAAACACCCACCAUGACGGCAGCAACGGAGACUGCUAACAAGGUUCCUUUGGUGCCACUUUCUUUACCUGAACAGAUUCAGGCUGUGGAGGAGGGGGAGGGAGGCUCUGCUACCUGCUAUCAAUGGAGCCAGAUUCCUGACUUUGUCGUAGACUUUCUAUACUUCUGAAAUGUAUUCCUAGAAACCAACACGAUCCUAGCUGAUAUGACACUGGUUAAUUUUGAUCUCCUGAGUAGAGGAAGGCCAGCUGUCAGCAUCUUGUUAUUGACAAUACUCAGCCUUCUGGAGGGAUAUGAAGAGGAGCUACUUGCAGUACAGACAUUUUUCUUUUUGGACUUAAGCAAAUUCAUCGGCUUGAUUCCACAGUGGCAGGUGUUGGACCAGAUAUUUCCUCUUUUUAUUAUUUUGAUUUUCCUUUUUUGUCCAUGUUCUCGCCUUAACAUUCCUCUGCAGACAAUGCCCUGUCUGACCUCCCUUUGUCUCCUCCUUACUUUUAACUGAACACACUGCGGCUCAGUGGUUUGCAUUCCCCAGCAUGAGUCUGUCUGUUUGUCAUACUCAUGUUCCUUCCUGCCACAGCCUCCAUUAAGAGAUUACUAACACCCUUGGCGCCUUGGCCCAUUGUAAUCCUCCCCCCCAUCACCACACCUCAGUCAAAGCACUGCAUCUUAUUAAUGCUGAUAAUCAUGCCCGUACAGGUAUUCACUCUCACUCUCACACAGAAACCAACAUACACACGCUAGUUCCACACAUACAUCCCACACAUGAGGAUAAAUGUGUGAAUUCACUCCUGCACAUACACACAGUCACAGGUGUGGAUGCCUUUGCAGUGACUGAUCACUUAAAAGCUCAAGCUGGGCAGAUCCAUGCAAGCUCUCUCUGCUAAAGGAUGUUACUUUGGAAGUGUUUACAGCCCCCUCCUCCCCUCACCUUGCACACACCCUCCCGAAUCUGAAGACACUCACACAUUACAUACAGCGCACCAUUCACCUCCUUAACAGCUAUCCCCAGAGCGAAAAACUGCACUGAAAAAACAGCCACAGAUGGUGCUACACCCCUCUAGCCUCUGUCACACACAGAACUGCAGCACCCCACCUCUCCCCAGCCCACCCCCGAGGCCCGGCUCACUCAUCUGGCUCUCUGAGGUAGACUGUAUCUUCUUUUCCUGCUUUCAUUCUGGGAGUGUUUACAGAUUCCUAACAGCCUUACAAUAGCCCAGUCCACACCAGCGCCACGCACAGCUCGCCUUAAUCUUUGAACCUUUGUACCCGUCAGACCCUCUACGCCUACUGUACCUCUGCCACCAGCUGUCGCUCUAGCUACCUCCCUGGUUUCCCACUGACACUGAAAGGUUAGCACCAUAGCUGUCAGCUGCCACUUGUUGGGAGUCAACAAUGGCAGACAUAGCUUUAUGAGCAAAAUGGUUCAUGAUGACUCCUUAUGUUCUCUGUCUGUAGAGUUGUGUGGUUGCCAUUAUGAAUGGUGAUUAUGUGUCACAGUGCCUGAGCAAGUGCAAUUCUCUCAGCAAGCAAAAAGAAAAGUAAGUUGCAGCCUGUGCUCUGUCGCUCCUGCAGAUUUACAGCAACAGUUUGAUGAAUAUGCCAUAUUAAUGACUUUUCAACUCAAUAGUGCAGUUCUCCCCUCAUGCUACAGAAUCAUGACUACAGUGUUGAUCACAAUAAUUGUUGCAUACAGUAAUAGUUCAGGUGGUCUCAUCAUUUCAUCCGUUUUUUGCGUUUUUUUGUGGCGUUAAUGUCCUUAAUUGUGCACCAGGAAUCGUGGUGGGGGUUUGUUUUUAGAGAUCUAAUUUCUGUGCUUUCCUCUUAAGACACUCGUGUAGUUAAAUACUCUGGGAUCAACAAUCCUAAUGUUUUUAUUUUCUCUCAACUGUAAGAGGAAGAUGUAAUCCCUUCCUCCUGAAUGGUUAUUGGCUUGUCCAAAGAGUGUGAAUGGAUUUCUGAUAUGUUUACAUAAAUUCAGCAGUGGUAGGUUGGAAACAUAGGAAAUUUGGAGAGAUUUUAUGUGACGUAACAUUUUUGAUAAAGAAAUCUUCUCAGGUGACCAACAUGAUCUUACUCCCCCCUCACCGUGCCAUAUCCUUUCCAGUAGUGUAAUAUAGUUAUACAGUUCAAACAUGGCUGGGAGUUGUUGUAAUGUAUCCUUCUAUCACAGUAUAAGACAGCCAGCUCUACUACUCUGGGAUUGUAUGCAUUCGUCUCAAAGAGCAAAAAGUGCGAAACAAUUGGUCUUCAGUGUAAUCAAUGUGUACCUGUCUAUCCUAAUGAUCCCUGCUGUCUGCUGCAUAAAGCACCCGGUGUCCAAAGAGAACAAUCUGAAUCAAUGGGUUAACCAUCUGCCAAGACAGUGAUGGACACAUUCACAAAGCAACUGUACAGUCUAAUCCUAAUUUAUGAAAUCUACAACUGUUAAAUUCCUGAACUGUUUGCUUUUAAAUGUUUCUGAUCAGCUUUUGAAAUUCAGGGGACAUGGUAGUGAAUGUAUAUUUGUGCCUUUCCUUUCUCUAGAUCUUUUUGUGUCAAUGAGUCUACACGUAUCUAAAUAUCAAAUAAAUUUUGUCUGGAAAACA